AUGUCAUCAUCGCACCCUUCCUACUCAUCUUCAGAUGCCAAAUUCUACAUGGACCAUCGUCCACAGCGUGCCUUACAAUUUGACAAUGCUAAACAUCUACAGAUGUCAUCAUCGCACCCUUCCUACUCAUCUUCAGAUGCCAAAUUCUACAUGAACCAUCGUCCACAGCGUGCCUUACAAUUUGACAAUGCUAAACAUCAUGCCAAAUUCUACAUGGACCAUCGUCCACAGCGUGCCUUACAAUUUGACAAUGCUAAACAUC